AUGACAACACAUUUGAAAAGGCACCUAUUGGCCUUCCUGCCUUUCAUAACUCUUCUUAUAGCCCUCACAGUAACUGCUGCUGAACCACCCGAAGGAUUUCCUGAGCCCUUGAACAAAAAUAACUUCAAAGAAGAGCUGUCCAAGGGGCUGCAUAUUAUCGACUUCUAUAGUCCAUACUGCUCCCAUUGCAAGAACUUGGAACCUAUCUGGAUGGAGACGUGGGAUGAAUUUAGAGAUGAAGGCAAGAAACUCAAUAUAACUUUUUUACAAGUCAAUUGUAUCGAGAGUGCAGAUUUAUGUUCAGAGGAAGAUAUUAAAUUCUUUCCUGAUGUUAGACUUUAUAAUCCGUCAGGAUACCUGAAAUCGUUUACUGAAAAUCCAAAAACCAAAGAGUCUUUGAUGGCGUUUGCGCGUAGGGAGUCUAUGGACCCAGAUAACCUCGACAUGGAUUUGGAUUCUGCCUUAAGUCAAAGUCAGCAUCUCGAAGGUUUUGAUUUUAUCAAGCUGAUUGCUGGUAAGGCCGAUAGGCCAUACUUGGUUUCCUUCUGGCCAACCAAAAAUCUGAAAGAUAGUGAUGAUUCUGUAAAUUUCGAGAAUUGUGACAAAUGUCAUGAAUUCCAAAGAACUUGGAAAAUCGUUUCCCGGCAAUUGGUUGUGGAAGAUAUAAAGUCAGGCCACGUGAAUUGCGAAUCCAACCCAACGCUUUGUAAGGAACUAGGGUUUUCCGACCUGGUGAAAAUAACCAACCACAGGGCGGAUAGAGAACCCAAAGUGGCAUUGGUUUUACCCAAUAAAACUUCAAAUAAUUUAAUCGAUUAUCCAAAGGACUUCUCCGUGAAGUCAAACGAUUAUGUGGAUUUUGCCAGAAGGACUUUUGCCAACAGUCAGUUCCCGAAUAUAACGGAAGAAGAACUUAAAAAAGUGGCUAGGGAAAUCGACUUUGUACCAGAAAAGGGAGCAUCGUUCAACAAUGAUAUUCACUUGGUCUUUGCAUAUGACCCCGAAACUGUCGUGGUUGAAGACUUUGACAUUUUAGAAUAUCUGAUUGAGCCUCUUUCUAAGAUUCCAAAUAUUUAUUUACACCAGAUUGACAAAAAUUUGAUAGGCCUAUCUCGCGAUAUUUUUGAAAAUAUGUAUAAAUUGAUUAACGAUUACAACACCGGUGAAGCUCAAAAGGAUUUUAAUGAAGAAUACUUUACCAUGAACACGGUUACACAACUGCCAACUUUCUUUAUGUUCAAAGAUGGCGACUUCGUAUCACAUGUUUACCCCGGUUAUUCGACAACAGAAAUGAGAAAUGUCGAGGAAAUUAUGAAAUGGGUGCAAAAGUAUUCCAAUCCCUUGGCGACAGAAAUCACCUCUUCUAAUUUGAGGGAGUGGAUGUCAUUCCAAACUGAAAGUUACAGUAAUUUAGCCAUUCAAUUAGUAAGUACUGGUAGUGGUAAGCAAAUUAAGGGAAGUAAUACACUUAUCCGUAAGCUUCUUCUCGCGAGCUUCGAUUACGAACAUGUUCGUAUGGAAAAUAACUUUGAACAAAUAAAUGAAAAAAGAACGAAGAAAGCUGACAGUAUUAAGCUACUAAAGGAGAAAAAGACACCAGCCGACAAAAUUGUUGAUAAGAUGCGUGAAGAAAUUCCUCAUAUAGACAAUAAGAAAUUAUUGUUGGGUUAUUUAGAUCUUUCCAAAGAGAAAAAGUUUUUUAGAAGAUUUGGUAUAACGGGAGACCACAAGGUUGGAGAUGUCAUUAUAAUUGACAAAUCAAACAACUUCUAUUAUACAAAAGAUAAUUUUGGUAAUACUUUAACGGCCAAUGAGCCUCUCUUACUAAGAGAGGCAUUUGUCUCUCUAAAUAUUCCAUCGAAGGCCUUGUACAGCUCUAAAAUGAAGGGGAGAUUGAUGAAUUCUCCAUUCCACAACGCUUUUAGCUUCUUAGACAUAGUCCAUCAGAACGGCAUUUACGGCUAUCUUUGUAUCAUUAUUUUGAUUAUCAUAAUCCUUAAAAGCCCCUCUUUUUACAGAAAAUAUAAAGUAAGGAGGAACUAUCAUUCGAAGAGAAAUGCAGUCGGCAUCUUAGGGAACUUAGAGAAGAAGCAAAAUCAAGACUAG